CAGUGGCAAGGAAACUAACAACAGCCUGUGUAGCUUAGUAGCUUAACAAUAAACCUUUUGGCUCAGGCUGACAACACUUUAACCUGCGUGUUGGCUUUUUUCUUGUCAUUGUAGAGAGAGAGAGAGAGAGAGGAAGAAGAAGAAGAAGAAGAAGACCACCACCACCACCACCACCAAAGAACCACCAUGUCAGGCAUCAUACAGCCAUCCACGGCCCAGAUGGCACCUGGUAGUGUGCCGGUGGGGCAGUGGAGAUCAGUGUGGUGGGUUGCCAUGCAGAUGGCCAGUUCAAGAUUCUUCUGUUGCAGCAUCCAUCUCAUGUAACCCAGAUUCCACAAAACUCCCCCGACUUAUCCGGCAGCGUCUGGAGCAGGUGGUCUCCUCGCUUCAGAGAAUAUGACAUCUGGAGAAGUGUGGAGCUAAUGGAUGAGUGAGUGCUCCUCCGGAAGGCUGGGCAAGCGCUGUCUGUGGGACUUGGCUCUUGUUUGUGCCGCCGGUGCAGCUCGGUGCCGGGUUGUGGAUUACUGAAGCAGGUUUAUUUAUUUGAGCUGGAGCGCCGUACAGAAUGAGAACUCCACUGCUGGUAUUGAUGUGGCUCUGUUUCUGGUGCGAAGUCCGAGGUGCUCUGAGGACUACGGGGGGUCUGAGGAGAACGGGAUGGGAGCACACGGGAAUGACUGCGGGUGGGCUUUCGCUCAGACGCUCCAAACGAGGAUGGAUGUGGAACCAGUUCUUUCUGCUGGAGGAGUACACAGGAAAUGACAGUCAGUACGUGGGGAAGCUGCACUCCGAUAAGGACCGGGAAGACGGCACGGUGAGGUACGUUCUGACCGGAGAGGGGGCCGGCACCAUUUUCGUAAUUGACGAAAAGUCCGGCGAUCUUCACGCCACGCGGAGGCUGGACCGCGAGGAAAAAGCCUCCUACACGCUCAGCGCUAAAGCCGUGGACAAGCUCACUGGCCGAGACCUGGAGGGACCUUCUCAGUUCACCAUCAAAAUCCAUGACAUCAACGACAACGAGCCCAAAUUCACCAAAGACCCCUACACCGCCUCUGUGCAGGAGAUGGCCGACGUAGGUACGUUUGUUGUGCAGGUGACGGCCACAGAUGCUGAUGAUUCCACAUAUGGGAACAGCGCUAAAGUGGUGUACAGCAUUUUACAGGGUCAGCCGUACUUCUCUGUGGAACCAGAGACAGGUAUCAUCCGGACAGCCCUUCCCAACAUGAACCGCGAGGUGCGUGAGCAUUAUCAGGUGGUGAUUCAGGCCAAGGACAUGGCAGGACAGAUGGGGGGUCUCUCGGGGACCACCACAGUUAACAUCACGCUGCUGGACAUCAACAAUAACCCACCGCACUUCCCCCAGGGCGUUUAUCAGUUCAGCGCUCCGGAGUCGUUAGAGCCGGGCAGUACGGUCGGUCUGCUGAAAGCUACAGACGCAGACACAGGGAAGAACGCAGAGAUGGAAUACACCAUCAUGGAUGACCAGGACAUGUUCCAGAUCUCCACCAACCGUGUCACUCAGGAGGGAGUCAUCACUCUGAGGAAGCCUCUGGACUAUGAGAAGAGGAAGAUGUACACUAUGAAGGUUCAGGUGGAGAAUGUCUACCUGGAUCCACGGUUUCAUCCACGCGAUCGCUUCAGAGACACGGCCACGGUGAAGGUUACGGUGGAGGACGUGGACGAGCCUCCUGUCUUCAAAAGACCUGCCUACAUCAUGGAGGUCAAAGAGAACGCCGAGAUUGGAACCAUCAUUGGAUCUGUCAGCGCUGUGGACCCCGACGCUAACCGGAACAUUGUCAAGUAUCUAAUUGACUGGCGUACGGAUAUGGACCAUAUAUUCAACAUCUACCCCAACAACGGCUCGGUGUACAUCUCUCGCCCUCUGGACAGAGAGGAGCAAGCCUGGCACAACAUUUCAGUACAAGCUACAGAGAACAACAGUCAGAUGAGUCACGUGCCAGUCUAUGUCCGGGUGCUGGAUGUAAACGACAACGCCCCAGUCUUCGACAAUGUGGACGAAGCGUUCGUUUGUGAAAAUGCAAAAGCGGGACAGAGGAUCCAAACAGUCAGCGCCUCAGAUGCUGACCAGCCGACUGGAGGUCACAGGUUCUUUUUCAGUUUGGCACCAGAAGCUUCCGUCAAUGCCAAUUUUACUGUCAGAGACAACAAAGAUAACACGGCCGGCAUCGUGACGGUGCAGAGCAGUUACAGCCGGCUGCAGAAGAGCGUUCACCUGGUUCCUGUGGUGAUCGCAGAUGGAGAUAACCCCGUGCUGAGCAGCACUAACACGCUGACCGUGCGCGUGUGCUCGUGCGACCGCAACGGCAACAUGAAGCAGUGCAACUCGGAGGCCUUCACACUCGCCGCCGGGCUGAGCACAGGAGCGCUGGUGGCCAUCCUGCUGUGCGUCAUUAUCCUCCUGAUGAUUGUGGUGCUGUUCACGGCUCUGCGCAGCCAGAGGGAGAAGAUGGAGCCGCUGAUCAUUUCCAAAGAAGACGUGAGGGACAACGUGGUGAGCUACAACGACGAAGGCGGAGGAGAGGAGGACACCCAGGCCUUCGACAUCGGAACGCUGCGCAACCCGGAAGUGAUCGAAGACACCAAGCACAGGAGGGACAUCAUCCCGGACAGCCUGUACGCGUCCGCGCGGAGGCCUGCACCCGCGGCGACCGGCGACAACACGGACGUGCGAGACUUCAUCGCUCGGCGGCUGCAGGACAACGACUCGGACCCGACGGCGCCCCCUUAUGACUCGCUGGCUACUUACGCCUACGAGGGCAGCGGCUCGGUGGCCGAGAGCCUGAGCUCGCUGGAGUCGGUCAGCAGCGAGGGCCUGCAGGACUAUAAUUAUCUCAGCGAGUGGGGUCCAAGGUUUAAAAAGCUCGCCGACAUGUACGGAGGGGAGGAGAAGGAGAACUCAUAACCACGCAGUAGGGCUGCACGAUAUGGAAGAAGUUCAGCUCAGAUUUCAGUGCUACACAACGAGAUACGCCUUGAAAUACGCAAUAUUUCAAACGUGCAGUCGGUAAUACGAGACCGGCUGCAUCAUUUCUACCAAAUUACCUAGAUUCAUCAAAACACCUCCUGAGAGUUAUGUCAGAAUCCUCACCUCUCACAACACACAGUAAAAAAAAUAAAGCAUUGUGAUUGGUUAGAGACUUUCAAGAAGAUUUUCAAGGCAAAGCAAAAGGACCAGUAUCUCAAUAACACUCAAAAAACAGUAUAUAUAUAUAUAUAUAUAUAUAUAAAUAUCGUGCAGUCCUACCACGCAGCGGAAAGAUGGGAAACCAACAGAGAGUUCUAACACAGACUCGACGGAUUCGCUCAAGCUGUUGGUCAAAGCUGGACAUCCACAACCAGGAAAGCAGAUGAAGAGAACUCUACCCUACGUGUGGUGUUUAACUAAAGUGGAAACCAAGGCGAGCGUUGACGAUGUUGCUUUUUUUCCUCCCAAAGUGCCCUUUCACAGGACUGAGAUUUUGAUGUCUUAUUAAACCUGACCCACUCUGAACAUUCGGAGAACACACUCUCUCUCUCUCUCUCUCUCUCUCUCUCUCUCUCUCUUUCUCUGUUUCUCUGCGGCUCCAUCCCAGACAUGACCAGAAAAGCAAGCUAAACUGUCGUCCUUGCGAAGCCUCACUUGAUACUUGUGUAUUAGUUCCGUCUGCAAAGCAGAAGGAGAAAAAAAAAAAAAAACUAACAAAAAAAACUGAACAAAACAAUAAUAGUGAGCUUUACAAGUAUGGUAACAUCAUACAUUAUGCAUAUUAUGCAUAUAGUCACAAAAUAUGUCCGUGUACACAAGUCUGUGCUUCUGGGUUUUUUAGCUCGUUUAGCCGUAUCUCUGCCCUCAGCGCCACUGUACAAACACAUUGUCUCACACACGCACUUUAUCGGCGGAAACCGCGACGGUCGUCGAUUGAGAUCGAGUCAAGUACGAUUCGUGUUUAAAAAACUUUCAUGAGAGUGUUCGCCAGAGGGUCGGUCCUCGUUUCAUUUGCAGUAGUGCAGCGGACUGGUGUGAGCAGUGGUUUUAAUAGUAGUGUAACAGUUCUACAGUUCUGGCAGUUCAUAGCUAACCCCAAACCGAGGUGCUGGAGUGUGAUUUAAUCCAUCACUGAUUACUGUACCUGAAGCAGAGCUGCUCUUUUCAAGUGCAAAGCCAAAUCAGAAAAGUUGGGACAAUCUUUCAUUGCAUAGAAUAUGAUUCCAAGAUUGUAGAUUGGAUUAAUACUAAAGUAAUUCAAACUAUGAACAAAAAAAAAUGUUAUACAAACCAGAAUAUGUUUUAUAUUUCUUGCUCAGAUGACAGUUUUGCACUGUAUCUUGGCUGGAUUUCAGUUAGAAGCUGUGCUGAACUUAUCAAGAGUUAAUUACUUGAAUUCCUUGGUCUCUUAAGGUGUUUGCACACUAUACUCUGUAGGUGUGCUGCAGUAUAAUGACCCCCUUGGAUUCAAUUGUUUCUCCAGCGACAGGAGAGUAGUGCCGCUGCCGCAGAGUAGUGCGAAAAACGGUGUGUUUCCAAGCCCAUAACCACACCUUCACCGCUGAACACAGCCAACAUUCAACAUGGUUCAACUUUGACCUCCUGGCAAGCGAAACCACGGCAGAUAAUGCAAACUGUAGUCCAACCAACAGUAAACACAAGCCAGUGACUGAUAUUAAUGAUUAGUGAACAUCAUCAGCUGUACAACAUUUCCCUACACUCAAAUAGAGAGGACAGGAAGUGAGUAGCCCUAUUGAGUAAUGCUCUAAUCCAUGAUAUGGCUUGAACUACUCAACUAAGAAAAGAAAAAAAAAUUCAAGAACUUUCAAGAAAGUAUCCACAAGUGCAGUUUGCAAAGACCAUCAAAAAACAUUAUGAUGAAACUGGCUCUCAUCAGGAAUACCGUCCCAGGAAAGGAAGUCCAAGAGUUACCUCUGAUACACAGGAUAGGUUCAUCAGAGUUAACAGCCUCAGAAACCACAAGUUAGCACCCCAGAUAAGAGCAUUUUUUUUUUUACACUUUUAAGUUACUACAUGAUUCCUUAUGUGUUCCUUCAUAGUCUGGAUGACUUCAGUAUUUACUUACAAUGUAGAAAAAAAAAACAUCAUAAACACAAUAAAAACAUAAAAAUAUUGAAUGAGAAGGAGUGUUCAAAUUUUUGACUGGCACUGUACAUAUAUUUUUGUGUUUCAGGCCUGCAACACAUUCCAAAAAUACAUAAAAUUGGGACAGUAAGGCAUUUACCAUUUUGUAAUUUUGCCAUACCUUUUCACAACACUGUAAAAGACAUCCACACAUUAUUUUUAAGUCUGCACACAGGCCAGAGCAGUACUCGCACCCUGUUUUUUUUUUUUUUGUUUUU